UCUUGCGGUUCACUUGGCAAAACUUUCCCAAAUUCAUUCAUUUCAACUCUUAAUUUAGCGAGACACCCUUUCACUUUUUGUACAUCCAUUCAAUCCUCACUAUUUAAGAUAAUCCGCAGAUAUGGGAUCAGAACACAAACCAAAUUCUGACUGGAGGAAAUUUGCAAUAUACUGGCAACAGGUAAGUCAACAACAUGCUAUCAUUUGAUCAUUGCUUCGGGCUUCAAUUAAUUAAUUAUUUUCAGGAUUAUAUUCAACUAACAAUGACCAUCUGUUGCAGAUCAUCUAACUACCAUAAGAAUGGCAAUUCAGACUAUCACUUGGAUGAGCGCCUUCCUCUGCCUCGCGCAGGUUUUCUCGAUGCCCAUGCCUUGCCAGCUACAAGGACAGCUGGUGCGAACAACCCACAACCUACUGAGAGACAUGGGCGGUCAUUUUCCUCUGGAGUGCCUGCAGGAGAAUGUCUUCAUGGCAUUCCCAGCCACCUCAUUUGCAACCUCCGGGGCGCCACAGUUGAGCAGCAGUGCUGCUAAGGCUAUUUAUGAGACAUUGAAGAACAUCGACACAUUGUUCGGAACUGACGAACUGCCGACAAUGUGGGACCAACAGAAGUUGGAGUAUUUUCAGAACAUUAUCUACCGUCAGAUUGAAGAGAGCGAGUGUAUGAGCAGUGUGGAUACAAGUGAUUAUCCCAUCAGGGCAGAGGGCCUGAAGACAUACUUUGGGAACAUUGCAGCAGUUUUAAAAGAAAAGAAUUUCAGUUACUGCGCCUGGGAAGUGGUUCGAAAAGAACUCCUGUACACCCUAGAAUUCAUUCUGAAACACAACUCUGACAGCCUUCUGUGGUCCAACAGAACAUGAAUUUGAACUUGCAGAUCUUUUUUUACUAAUGUGUUUUACAAUUGUGCUUGAUUUUUAAAGCCUUCUAUUCUACAAUCAUGCAAUGUGCAAUGUCAAACAG